AUGGCGACCACUUUAUCACUUCAUCUUACACGAGUCGUCUCCCAAUUUCCCGUUCCUUCUUCUCUGUUUUCACCUCUUUCUUCUGCCAAGCAACGGCCUAAGUUACUCAAUUGUCGCCCGAGCCUGCGCUUUCAUGGUCGCAGCGGUUUCUUCGUCUCCCCUCACGCAGCACCACGUCGUCGUUUUAGUAUCUCUGCCUCCACCACCUCGCAAGACUGGGAUAAACACUGUGACACUUCAAAUGAAAGAUAUGAUGUGAUUGUUGUUGGAGGGGGGCAUGCAGGCUGUGAAGCUGCCCUUUCAUCUGCUCGUAUAGGGGCAAAAACACUUCUUCUUACGCUCAACAUUGACCGUAUUGCAUGGCAGCCUUGCAAUCCGGCAGUGGGUGGGCCUGCAAAGUCUCAACUAGUACAUGAAGUGGAUGCGCUUGGUGGUGAAAUUGGAAAGGUAGCUGAUAGGUGUUAUUUGCAAAAGCGAAUCCUCAAUAUCUCAAGGGGCCCUGCUGUUAGGGCACUGCGUGCUCAAACUGAUAAAAGGGAGUAUGCUUCGGAAAUGAGGAAAAUUGUGGAAAGUACGCCAAACCUGUCUAUUAGGGAAGCAAUGGUGACAGACAUUUUGGUAGGGAAGAAUGACAAUGUGGAAGGCGUCCUUACAUUCUUUGGCAUGAAUUUCUACGCACCUUCUGUAGUUCUUACUACUGGUACUUUCAUGAGCGGGAAGAUUUGGGUUGGAAAAACUUCAAUGCCUGCAGGACGAGCUGGUGAAUCAGCUUCACAUGGUAUUACAGAAAACUUGCAGCAGCUUGGAUUUGAAACUGACAGGCUAAAAACUGGAACCCCUGCGCGUGUUGAUUCUCGUACAGUAGAUUUCUCAGGAUUGGAGCCUCAACACGGAGAUGAAGAGGUUAACUGGUUCAGUUUUGAUCCUGAUUACCAUGUUGAACGAGAACAGAUGUGCUGCUAUCUUACACGCACUACAAAGAGCACUCAUCAAUUAAUUAAAGAUAACUUGCAUGAGACUCCCACUUAUGGAGGAUGGGUGGAAGCCAGGGGACCUCGAUACUGCCCCUCAAUUGAAGACAAGAUUGUAAGAUUUCAGGACAAAGAGUCGCAUCAAAUAUUUCUUGAACCAGAGGGUCGAAGUGUCCCUGAACUCUACGUGCAGGGGUUCUCUACUGGUUUACCAGAGAAACUACAACUGCCACUCUUGAGAACGUUACCUGGUCUUGAAAAUUGUUCAAUGUUGAGGCCUGCUUAUGCUGUAGAGUAUGAUUACUUGCCAGCACACCAGUGUUUUCGGUCCCUCAUGACUAAGAAAAUUGAGGGACUAUUUUUCUCUGGUCAAAUAAAUGGAACAACUGGAUAUGAAGAAGCUGCUGCACAGGGAAUUGUUUCUGGUAUUAAUGCUGCCAGACAUUCAGCUGGUAAAUCCUUGAUAGUUCUUGAGAGGGAAAGCAGUUAUAUAGGGACUUUGAUUGAUGAUCUGGUGACGAAGGACCUUCGAGAGCCUUAUCGCAUGUUAACCAGCCGCUCAGAACACCGUUUGCUUCUUCGAUCCGAUAAUGCUGACAGCCGCCUCACACCUCUGGGACGUGAUAUCGGUUUAAUAGAUGAUAGGCGCUGGAAAGUGCACUUGGACAAGCAGGCCCGGAUUUCAGAAGAGAAACAGAGACUUAAGACAACCAGGAUUUCAGGUGGAGAUUUAGCUGCUGAAAUCACUGAAGUGUCUGCUCAGCCAGUGAGGGAUUCAUCAACAUUAGAAAGCCUUCUUAAGAAGCCACAUGUGCAAUACAAAAUUUUUGAUAAGCAUGGAUUUGGGAAUAAUCUACUAUCUAGGGUGGAGAAAGAAUGCGUAGAAAUUGACAUCAAGUAUGCGGGCUUCAUUGUACGACAACAAAACCAACUUCAGCAGAUGGUUAAUCAACAACACAGACAACUUCCAGAGGAUCUUGAUUACUAUGCAAUGACGACAUUGUCACAUGAAGCACGUGAGAAACUGUCAAAGGUCAGGCCACAAACGAUUGGACAAGCAAGUAGAGUAGGUGGUGUUAGCCCCGCUGAUGUUACAGCAUUACUUAUUAUCCUGGAAUCGAACAGGAGGAGAGCCCAUGAAGAAAGAAAGCACCAAAUGCUAACCUCGAUCAUGGCAGAUGCGAAUCAGGAAGUGUCUGAAAGUCCUCUUAAAGAGACAAUUAGCCCUUGA